CAGGGUUUGUUUACAUCGACGGACGUGUGACGAGGAAGGGGAUCCUAUUAGUAUACUUCUCUUCUCCAAAUAAGAGGAGGUAGUCGACUAAGGAAAUAAUUAAAUGAAGAUUGAGCAGAAGUGAGCAAUGGCAACCAUCAUAAAAGAUCCCAGUCUUCCUAAAAACUGGGUGCGGAAAACGUCACGAAGAUGCCCAACUGCUUCGUACUACUUCAACGUCAAGACUGGAAAGUCAACCUGGAUGCAUCCUGCCUUUCUUGAGCAAAAUGCAAAAGCUAUAUUACCACAAACCAUGCAAGAAAAUGAGGGUGGGAAUGAGGAAUCUGCAUAUAACAGCGUUAAGAAGACAACUAAUGAAAAUCAGGUAACAUCAUCAACAGAAGCAUCUUCUUUCCAAGAGAUUGACACAUCGAAGGAAUCUAAACCAGAGCCUUUGGCUAACAGAGAAGCUGUUAAAUUUGUCAUAAAAUCAAAGACAUUUGGUGAAGGUGCAGCCAAGCAAGAAGGAGGCCAGUCCAAACCCAAGAAAGAAAGCACACACCUUCAUCCUCUCUUGCUACAUGCUAGGAAGAUUGCUGAGAGAUGCAUCUGGUCAAAGAAGACUGGGGAUUCUUCAAAGAAGGCAGAAGAAAAGACAGAUUCCAAACUAAAAACAAAAGAUUUUGUAAGCAGUUUAGAUACAAAAAUUGUAAGAGCUUUCAGGCGAAUCAAAGAAGAAGAAUUAAAUACAAAUGAUGAUGCAAAGGCAAAACUUGAAAAGAAGUCAGAUGAAAGUUCCAGAACAAGUCCUGAGAAGGAAAAAGAUGAAAUACGGAAGGAGUUUGAAAAAAGAGAAAGAAAAAUUGUUAAAGCAAGGAGAAGGCUUGUAGGUUUACAGAAAGCUCAAUUAGCUAAGGAUACUACAAAGAAAACCUCAAAAGAUGAUAAUUGUAAGGCUUCAGAUACCAUAGAUAUAUUUGAAUCUUUGCAAAGAGAUGUUGAUAGCAGGAUUAAAACUUUAAAGGAAUGUUCACAGUAUCCAUUAGAGUUAACAGAGUCUCAUGGUUCAGAUUCCAAACAAAUUGGCUUAAAGAGUGAUAGUACCUUGAAAAGAGAGAGCAAAAAUGUGAGAUCUGUCAUGAAGACGAAUGACAGUCCCAGUACACCAAACAAAAUUGAAAGGGAACCAGUAGUCAAGGAGAAAAUAGAAGAGCUUGACAAUGAACCAAGUGUUUCAUUUGAAAAACCUCCAGCCUACUCUAUAGGCUCACCAGUCUCAUCUCCCAAAGAGAGCACACCAACUUCUUUAGCCACUGAGACCAGAACUGAUGAUUCAAAGUACAACUCAUUUGAUGAAAGAAGUGAUGAUAGAAGACACAGGAGAAGGAGGAGGGACAAAUAUCGCUCUGGAUCAAAGAAGGCUGACAAAGACACUUCGUCUAAAUCUACAGCAGAGGGAAGGAAGUCACGCCAUAAGGAGGAACCAGUGCCAACAAAGGACUCAGAUGAGGUAGUCCACAUGGAAGUGGAGGAACAGGAGAUCAUCUCAGAGAUUGCCAAUUUUCGAGGAUCUAUCAGUCACUCCAGACACCAGGGUGUAAGUCAACUAUUGACCUCCAAAAUAGACAGCAGCUCAACAUCCCUGUAUGUUGUGGUCGAUACAAACGUCCUCAUCAAAGACAAGGACUUUCUGAAUAGCUUGAAAGGAAGAGCGAUUGAAGGGCAAGACACUGUAAUUGUAAUUCCUUACACAGCACUGCAAGAAAUGGAUGGCCUAAAGAAGAAUGAAGCCAUUGGUAGAGCAUGUCAGUCUGCCAUAUCAUGGUGCAACCAUCAUUUUGAGGCAAAAGACCCUAGGGUGCAGGGCCAGAGCUAUGAUAUUUACUUGGAAACAUUAUCCAAGAACCCACGAGCAAGUGGAGAUGACCUCAUCCGUGACUGCUGUUUGCUCAUGAAGAAGGAUGGGCUAGCCGUCUGCCUGCUGUCCAAUGACAUCAACUUGCGAAACAAAGCUUUGAUGUCCAACAUCUCCUCCAUUGGUGUGCGUGAUCUCAGAAUCAAACUGGAAGAGACAGCAAGCAAAAAGUGCAAUAAAAUUGAGGAGGAUUCACAACAGCUUGAAGUAUUAGGCAUGCCAGACAAUGAUGUGCAAAUCUUAGAAGAGUAUGGUUGCGUUCCAAGCAAUCGGAUAAGCCAGGAUGAAGAUCUAGAGAGUCCCUUACCAGUGAAGCAAGCGAGAUUGUCUGCCAGCAGGGCAUCUCAUAAACAGAGGACACCAAAACAUCCCACUGAAAGUCGCCUGAGUCUAGAUAACUCCAGACACUUGGGAGACAUCAUAGAAUCCUUGCAUGCAACUCUUGGACAGAUCCUGGAGCACAUCAUGAUUGAGGCCUAUGGAGACAUUUGGAUUUCAAUUGUGAUCCACAAACCCCCCUGGACACUGCAGGAGAUAUUUUUUUGCUGGGACAAGCACUGGCUUGCUGUGAUGAUUGAGAAGUUCCCAAGGGAUUUGCAGAACCUUAUGAAGAAGAUCCGGUUGACACUGAAAGCAAACAUCAAGGAGGAGGAGGACAUCAAGAUUCUCAAAAGAAAUGUGGAAUUACUCUACAACUUCUUCAAGAAGGACCCAUACAAGAAGUUCAUUGCACCUAUCCAUUCAGAUUCUGUUUCGCUGUCCCCAGAUGCUCCAAUGAAUGAAGCCGUAACACCUCCAAGAAUGACAGAUACUCAUGAGGAAGCAGGUUUUGGAGAGGAAGCCCUGGGACAGAACACAAUGGAAAUUAACAAUGUGCAGGAGAUGAUCAACCAUGUUGGAAUGCACAUCACUCAUUUCACUGCUUUAAUCCUUGAUGCAUAUGGAGAAUCCCAUGAUCUGCCGAAGUUAAACUCAACAACAACUAUGUCUCAAGAAAAUGCACACUCCAGUGCUGUUAAUCUGUAUAAUGUCAUAAUGAAUAUGGGAACAGCUAUUGUCAGAUGUGUCAAUGAAACCACAGCUGAGUCAGUGCAGAACUUUGGAGAGCUCCUGAUCAACUUCUGGGCCGAGGCAAAGGAGCCGUGUCCAAACCUUCCUUUUACAGCAGAAGACAUCAUGCACAUUGUUGCCUCACCUGUUGGUCUUCAGUUUUUGCAGGUUACUCUGCAGGAACUUGAGAAGUUGAUAAAUGUUUUGAAAUCAGUGCUGGAAAAACACUGAUGUGAAGAAAAUUAUUACAAAAAAUAGGCUGUGAUAUGAUCUUUCUUUAUCUGUACAUGACUGUUAACAUGUAAUGAGGUAGAGAGGAUAUUGCUUGUACUAAAAUGUCUUACAUGUUUUUAUUUGCUUAUUCAU